UGAUUCGCUCCCAUCCUCUGCUUUUACUAACAGCAAAUAACAACUAUAAACUUUUAUCUCUUGCUAUGAAAACUUGUUUUUAAAGAGCAAUUAAUGCGUUGUCAUCUGUCACGCCAAUAUAAAUUACUUUCUUUCGAAAUGACGUUGGCAGUCGUUGGUUUCACCCUGUUUAUCAGCAUCAUCGCCACCACGCCUGCAGCUAGAGAGUUUGUAUCUCUGGCAGAAAGAGAAGAUGCUCUGCUCAGGGACUUGUUUCAGGGGUACCAGCGCUGGGUCAGGCCUGUUCUGCAUGCAAACCACUCUGUGAAGGUCCGCUUUGGCUUGAAGAUAUCUCAGCUAGUGGAUGUGGAUGAGAAAAACCAACUCAUGACCACUAAUGUGUGGCUAUGGCAGGAAUGGCUGGAUUAUAAACUGCGUUGGAACCCUGAUAAUUAUAGUGGCAUCACCUCUAUCAGAGUCCCGUCAGAGACCGUCUGGCUCCCAGACAUUGUUUUAUAUGAGAACGCUGAUGGACGUUUUGAAGGCUCACUUAUGACCAAAGUCAUUGUGAGGCACAAUGGCAUGAUCACUUGGACCCCUCCUUCUAGCUACAAAUCAGCCUGCACCAUGGAUGUGACGUUCUUCCCGUUCGAUCGCCAGAACUGCUCUAUGAAGUUUGGCUCUUGGACAUAUGAUGGAAACAUGGUUGAACUAGUGCUCCUCAACCAGCAGGUGGACAGAAGGGACUUCUUCGAUAAUGGCGAAUGGGAGAUUCUCAGUGCGACAGGGGUCAAAGGAAGCCGGCGAGAUGGCCACCUCUUCUACCCGUACAUCACGUAUUCGUUCAUCCUGAAACGUCUUCCUCUCUUCUACACACUCUUUCUUAUUAUUCCAUGCCUCGGCUUGUCCUUCCUAACAGUGCUGGUUUUCUACCUUCCAUCCGACGAAGGGGAAAAGGUCUCCCUCUCCACCUCCGUCCUGGUGUCUCUCACCGUCUUCCUCCUCGUCAUUGAUGAGAUCAUCCCUUCUUCCUCUAAGGUCAUCCCGCUGAUUGGGGAGUACCUGCUUUUUAUCAUGAUCUUUGUCACUCUCUCCAUCAUCGUGACAGUGUUUGUCAUCAACGUGCACCACCGCUCUUCAGCUUCUUACCAUCCGAUGUCUCCAUGGGUGCGUACGCUGUUCCUCCAGCGACUGCCACAUUUGCUCUGCAUGAGGGGGAACACGGACCGCUAUCAGAACCCAGAGCUGGAGCCCCACAGCCCUGACCUGAAACCCAGGAACAAGAAAGGCCCUGAAGGAGAAGGCCAGGCUCUGAUCAAUAUGCUGGAGCAAGCCACCAACUCGGUUCACUACAUCUCAAGUCACAUUAAGAAGGAGCAUUUUAUUAGAGAGGUAGUACAGGACUGGAAGUUUGUGGCCCAGGUGCUGGACAGGAUUUUCCUCUGGGCAUUCCUCACUGUAUCUGUUCUUGGCACCAUUCUCAUCUUUACACCUGCCCUGAAGAUGUUCCUGAGCACCCCCCCACCUCCUUCUCCAUGAGACGUCCAGAAUUACAGUCAAAUCCAUCACAUUACAAAAGGGAAUAUUAUUGUGCUUCCAAUAAUAGUGAAGACAGUGCACAUUACUAUGUAGAAGUAAUUUGUUCUUUCACUGCAUUAAAUAAUCAGAUGUAUGAUUAACAUCAUAAGAUGCCCAAUAAUGUGCAGAGUAGCAUCACCUGUCCUAAGUGAUUCAAUAUGCUGUUUACAACUUUAUUUUGUAAGACAUCUGUUGUUUG